GGAAGCAGAAUGAAGCCCACUCCCUGUCACUGCCAGUCACGUGUCUCACAGGCCUCUGAAGAACAGAGCUGAACGUUGCCUGCUAAUUCAGCUGAGGCCCUGCUUUUACUCGGCAGUGCAGCACCCUUCUACAGGAGAAGCCAUGUCUGCUGAAGCAUUAAAAAGCGGCGGCAGCUGCAGCAGCAGCAGCAGCAACAGUGAGGGCCGAAGUACCUCAGCAGCACAGAGAAUCCUGAAUGAGAUUGAAGCAAAUCUGCUAGAAUGUAAAGUAUGCUUUGAGAAAUACUGCCAACAUCCGAGAGAACGAAGGCCAAGGACACUGCCCUGCGGUCACGUGAUGUGUUACGAAUGUGCCUUGAGCGUCACGCAUGCCCAUUAUCUGCGGCUGGAGUGCCCGUUUUGUCGCCGGCUGUGCAGCGUCUCUGAAAUGACCGACUGCAUGACCCUGAUGCACCUUGAGGAGAUUGUGUGGAGAGCCCCUAACCCAACUCUGACGUGGCCUCCAGGUGGCUGGAGGACCAGAAAAUCGGCUGUGCCAGCUGUCGUGAAGCUCUCUGACGCCUUUGGAGGCUGGGGCCAGUUAAUCAACCCUACCGGAGUGGCAUUCUUCAAAAAGUCUGGAGUGGUGAUGGUGGUACACGAUGGUAAAAAGCGUAUGGCAAUUUUCAGUCCCAAAGGGAAAUACUUACAUGGUUUCGGCUCUAAAGGGUGUAUCUGCUACCCGCUGGGUGUCACGGUGACUCGGGAUGGGUACAUUAUAAUCACAGAUGCUGGUGAUGUUUCUGUUAAAGUUUUUAGUUCCCGUGGAAGGAAUACUUUGACUGUCAAAAAUUCUUUUUUGUUGCCUUGGGGCAUACAGACAGAUGGCCAGAACCGCAUCUUAGUGACGGACGCUCAGGCUGGAACACUCACACGACUAGAAGUUGAUUUUUUGAAGGCUGUCUUACUCAGAAGCCAGAUACUGUCUGCUUCCUUGUCCUCUCCAAGGGAAAUAGCUGUUUCGGAGACAACUGGAUUCGUUAUAGUUGUGGAACACCUGAAGGAGAGUGGAGAUCGGAGCUUCUCCAGAACGCGGCUCAAACUGUUUAAUAAUAAGAUGCAAGUCGUCCACCAGAUCGAUAGCUUUGGAUCCAGUCUUCUUGCACCAUUCCACCUGUGUGUGUCUGCUGUGGCCUUUGACAAAGAGGACAAUGUCUUUGUGGCGGAUUCAUCACUAAAGGCUUUGCUCUGCUUGGGAAAAUUGAAGGAAUUCCCAAGUUUUCGGAUGGUGUUAAGUCACGGACUUUUGCGUCCUGUGGCCCUAGCCUGUGGAGCAGAUAAUUCAUUGAUUGUAUUAGACAGUGGCGAUCACUUUGUGAAAAUAUAUCGUGUUUGCUGACCUGGCACUGGCAGGUGACACGGGAAUGUCCCAAAAGAAAUGAUCUGACUUUAAACCUCUGUCGAUAAUUCAGAGGUGGAAGCACUUUCAUUGUGCUUUGGGACUAUCAUCAUUAAGAGUAGCGAUUCUGGUGUCACUUCUGCACUUUUAACAAAUAUGUUUUAGACCAGAUUUGGGAUUUGGUCAGUAACUUAGAUUCGAUUUGAUUACGCCCAUGGGGAACUUCAAAUGCAUACAGGAGCAGAAACAUAAAACACAAGAAUACAGAUUUACAGGACAAUCAAUCAUUCAAUCAAUCAAUCAAUAGCAGGCUAGUGGUUCUCUAACCUUCUUAGUAAUGUCACCCUAGCUAAUCAGAAGAUGUGCCUUGUUUUUUACCUGAUGGAUUAAAAUAUGCAUGGAUUCUGUUUCUAGGGAUUCACUUGUCCACUAUUAUAACUGUGUAACCCAUUCUACAACACUUGUGGUCUACUUGCACCUAUUCACAGCCAGGUGGAUUAGAAAUAAGAUUUUGAGAGGGUCAUUGCACAGCAGCGACACGUGAGAUUGUGCACUAAUAUGUUUGUAAUGCCCUUAGAUGUCCGGUGCUGCACAACUGCUACACUGAAUGGAUCAACAAGUGUCAUCAGGAUGCCAAGAGACGUGGGUAAGCCAUUGAAUCCCAUUCAUGAUGAAGACUAGUGGCUUGCAGUUCUUCUCCACCAACGAGGAAUUCCCAGUAAGUGUGGAUCCUAAACUCGCACUGAUCAAGUUCCAUGCCCUUUGUGCACUCCGCCCUUCACUACUAAUGACUAAAUGGCUUAGUGAGAUUCUCGGAUUAUCCCUGCCGCAGUCACUCAUGGAAUCUGGAGGAGCACCAAGAAGACAAUUGAACUUGACCAUCUAGAGGAAGUAAAGUCGUAAUAAGGUUUUCAUGUGUGAACCUGCAAACAGAUCAUUAUCAAAGCUUGAGGCUACGAGAUUGGAGGGCCGGUGCGUCUACUUGACCCUGUGUCCUCCUGCCAGGUCUUACCCCACCCAUCUCACCCCUCCGACUCUGCUUGGGAAAAUUGAAGGAAUUCCUAAUUUUUCGGAUGGUGUUGAGUCACUGACUUCUUCACCCUGUGGCCUUGGCCUGCACAACAGAUAAUUCAUUGAUUGUAUU